UUCUCAUCGAUGAAACUGUCAAAAGUUAUCAUGGACCAUCUAAAAUUCUUAGUACUGGCUAUUUUGUUUGUUUCUGCAAAGACACAGUUGAUCCAGAAUUCAAAGAGCUCACCAUGCAACUGCUGUAGCCAGUGUCCCCAGGGGCCGGCUGGUCCUCCAGGAACCCCAGGGAUUCCCGGUAUUCCUGGAAUUCCUGGCCAGUGUGGCACCCCCGACACAAAAGAGGGCACCACAAGUGUCAUAGUGGAUAAACCACAGACAUCAGCAAACAAAAAUGUUGCCUUUUCUGCUAAGCUGACCCAGGUCCAUCAUGAAACAAAACCAAUGGUUACAGUGAAGUUUGACACCAUAAUAACCAAUACAGGCAAUGGCUAUGACAGUAAAACUGGAAUCUUUACUGCUCCGACUAAUGGGACUUACUUCUUCUCCUUCCAUGCUGUCACAAAUCCUGCCAAGAGUUCUACAAUGCAAAUCAUGAAGGAUGGAGUAUUAAUCAUCAAAGGGUAUGGCAAUGCUGGGGAUUGUGGCUGUGAUUAUGCCACCCUCAGUAAUAGCAUAAUCCUCCAGCUACAGGCGAGAGAGAAGGUUUGGGUAGAGGCAAAUGAAGGAGGGGUGUAUGGUCACUCAACCAACCCCCAUGCAUCUUUUAGUGGAUAUCUUAUUUUUUAAACAAGGCAGCAAAGCUGUGAUUAUAAAUGAAUAUUCAAACAUUUAAAUGGCAAAACUGAUAGAAAAUGAUGAAAAAAAAAGUGCACAAAAUGUUUGUCAAUUAGAUGAAGUAUCACUUAAUCAUGGUUCCUAUCACAACAUUAUGAACAAAUUCCUGGAGAUUCAUUGACUUUUGAGCCUCUAAUUCAAGUACAUGUACAGUACAGGGUGACCUUCUACUGUACCAUGUAUAAGUGGACAUGACAAAGAAAAAAUAAUUUUUCACCAACAGUAUAAAAUUUGUAUCUUGAUGAACUACAAUUAGUGAACUAAAACAAAACCAGAAAAAGAUUAAAUUGAUGAUGUUCUAAAUGGGUUUCUCCCCUUCUGUGAAUUAUUGUGUUUAUUAUGUGUAAAAAUAAAGAUGAAUAUAAAAUAAUGUUUUAAGAAAUUGCUACUGACAAACACAGCAGGCACAAUUAUUUAAUUAUUAAUAUUAAAAAGAGUGGGCUGAGGAUCAGCAGGAGUCUUACACUGCAACAUUAUCUUAUGAGAUAAAAGCUGUUAUUAUGCAUUAAUAUACUUUUAUUACAUUAAACAGCAAUGCUUAAUUAUUAUCAAAACUGACCAGUAAACAAAUUCCUUCAAUAAAUUGCUCCACAAUUAGCAUUCAUAUGAACCUUUUGUUGAUUAAUGAUGCCAUAAUGUUGCUUGCUUUUUAUUAGUUUCAUAGAGUGAAUUAAAAAUAUA